AUGAACACCAAGAAAUCAAAAGGAAAGCAAAAGAUUAAUAUAAAGAAAAUAGAAAGAAGCAAAGACAGAUUGGUCACAUUGUCUAAGCGUCGAAAUGGUAUCUACACUAAGCUCUGUGAACUCUCUGUUCUCUGCGGCGUUCACAUUGCAUUUUUGGGGUAUACCGACUCUGGAAAGCCAUUUACAUUUGGCAGUCCAUCCUUCCAGGCAGUUGCGGAGCGGUUUCUCAACAGCGAUGCCUCGUCGUCUUCUUCUUUGCAACAAUCACUCUUUACUGUUCAUCACAAACAGAAUGUUCAAGAGCUAUGCACAUUGUACAACAAUCUUGUUGAGCAGACACGUGCUGAGGAAGUGAAAGCGAUGAAGGCAGCUGCGUCUAUGGAGCCGUUUCCAGAAGAUGCGUGGUGGAAAAUGCAUAUGACUAAGGAACAAGAUCAAGAAGAAGCAAAAAAGUUUCUGGACAAGUUUGAAGGGCUCUAUGAGAAGUUGUGUGAUGAAAUUGAUGUAAGAAGUCAAAGAAGAGAUGCUGCGAGAAAUCACAUAUGA